AUGUGACAUUCCGCUUUACCCCUUACCACUACUUUUACCACCUCGUCAGCUUCAAGUUUUGAGCUCGAGGCCAUCUGCAAACGAAAAAAUGGGAUCCACAAGUACGAGGCGAGCGAUGGUCGAUGUGGCCAUGUUCGUUGUAACUCAAGUAGCUUUAUAUUAUACAAUGAAGUGGGUACUAGACGCAUACGUACCUUCGAACAAGGAGACCAAAGUAAAGGGGAAGCAGAUGGAGGUGCUGAAGAGAUUGGGUCAUGAAGAGCUUGUGCUGGAUGAAUAUGAACGAACUCUGGCGAACGAAAUCAUCCAUCCAGAUGAUAUCCCCGUUCGUUUCUCAGAUAUCGGCGGACUAGAACCAAUAAUAUCUUCCCUCCGCGAAUCCGUCAUAUACCCUCUCAUAUAUCCUGAUUUAUUCACGACUUCAUCCUCACUGCUUGGUGCACCGAGAGGUGUGCUGCUAUAUGGGCCACCUGGUUGCGGAAAGACUAUGCUGGCGAAAGCCAUGGCUAAAGAAACCAAAGCCACCUUCAUCAACAUUUCCGCUUCAGUUCUGACGAACAAAUGGUUCGGAGAAUCGAACAAGCUCGUCGCGGGCUUGUUCGGACUUGCUCGAAAAACGCAACCGGCAAUAAUAUUCAUCGAUGAAAUUGAUUCCUUUUUGAGGGAAAGGGCGUCGAAUGAUCACGAAGUAACAGCGAUGAUGAAAGCUGAGUUUAUGACCUUGUGGGAUGGUCUAACAUCUGGAACGGAUCGCAUUCUGGUGUUGGGUGCAACCAACCGGCCAAAUGAUAUCGAUCCUGCCUUCCUACGUCGUAUGCCCAAGAAGUUCGCAGUGCCAAGGCCAGAUAGGGAACAACGGCUAAAUAUACUCAAACUAAUGCUGAAAGAUACGUCUUUGGCACCCGAUUUUCCUUUGAGUCUUCUCGCCGAAAAAGCAGAAAAUUUGUCGGGUUCAGACCUCAAGGAAGUAUGUCGCAAUGCGGCUAUGAUGCCUGUGAGGGAGUACUUGAAGGAGCAUGCGGGCAAAGACGGGGAUCUUGCGAAAGCCCAAAUUGAGGGCUUCGAUAUCCGACCUCUCCAAAUCGAGGAUUUUUUCGAUGGUGAGAUGAUCAUAACGCAACCAGUUGAUUAACGGUAUGUGAUGCAUUGGGAGGAUUUAUUUAUUACAUAGAGUGUUAGGCGUUACUACAUAAUGAAUAGAUAUCUGUGUAUCUUGUACAUGUAUACAUAUCUUGUAAUUCACUCUGCUCACGGGUCAUGCAUUUCCGUUCAGCUCAUAUCAUACUCAAU